CCUCCCUGUGCCGGCCGGCUCCACAUUGAGGCAGGGCGAGCGGAGGGACCAUUGAAAGAUGGAAGCGGCGGCUAGAGAAGAGCUAGACAUGGAAGUAAUGAAGCCUUUAAUUGGAGAACAGAAUUCGGACAGCAUCUCUGAUGAUGAGCAUGAAAAUGAAUUGUUGCCAGUUGAGAAGCAUUACCAACUUGAUAAUCAAGAGGGCAUCACGUUUGUGCAAACACUUACUCAUCUCCUUAAAGGAAACAUUGGAACUGGGCUUCUAGGGCUUCCACUUGCGAUAAAAAAUGCAGGCAUUGUGCUUGGACCAAUCAGCCUUGUGCUUAUAGGAAUUAUAUCUGUUCAUUGUAUGCACAUCUUGGUACGAUGCAGCCACCAUCUGUGUCAGAGAUUGAAAAAGACCUCAUUAGGGUACAGUGACACAGUUAGUUACGCCAUGGAAGUAGGGCCCCUAAACAUCCUUCAAAAAAGAGCUUCCUGGGGAAGGUGUAUCGUUGACUUUUUUCUUGUGAUUACACAGCUGGGAUUUUGCAGCGUUUAUGUUGUGUUCUUAGCAGAAAAUGUGAAACAAGUCCAUGAAGGAUUUUUGGAGAACAGGAUUGUACCGAUCAAUGACACUAGUACCAGUGGUCCCUCUGAGAAAAGGAGUGUUGAUUUACGAAUAUACAUGCUGUGUUUUCUGCCAUUUAUUAUCCUUCUGGUCUUCAUUCGUGACCUUAAGAGCCUGUCUGUGCUUUCGUUCCUUGCCAAUCUUUCCAUGGCUGUCAGCCUGGUAAUUAUUUACCAGUACAUCGUUCGAGAUAUAUCUGAUCCUCGAAAACUUCCCCCUGUGGCUGGUUGGAAGAAAUACCCACUUUUUUUUGGUACUGCCAUAUUUGCUUUUGAAGGCAUUGGUGUGGUGCUCCCUCUGGAAAAUAGAAUGAAAGAAACCCAACGUUUCACACAGGCACUGAACAUUGGCAUGGGAAUUGUUAUGUCCUUGUAUAUCACUCUAGCCACUCUAGGAUACCUGCGCUUUGGGGAUGAAAUCAAAGGCAGCAUAACUUUAAACCUGCCACAAGAAGUAUGGUUGUAUCAAUCCGUGAAAAUUCUGUAUUCCUUUGGGAUUUUUGUGACCUAUUCAAUUCAGUACUACGUUCCAGCAGAGAUCAUCAUUCCAGCAAUUACCUCGAAAGUGCAGCAAAAAUGGAAGCUGUUCUGUGAAUUUAUGGUCAGGACACUCUUGGUCUGCUCGACCUGUGCUGUAGCAGUCUUGAUCCCUCACCUAGACCUGGUGAUUUCUUUUGUUGGCGCCGUAAGCAGCAGCACUUUGGCAUUGAUCCUGCCACCUUUGGUUGAAAUCCUCACAUUUUACAAGGAAAACUUAAGUGUGUGGAUGAUACUUAAAGACAUCUUUAUAGCUGUUAUUGGAAUCAUUGGCUUUAUAACAGGGACAUAUGUGACAGUUGAAGAGAUCAUUUAUCCUGCUGUGACAGUCUUAGUUAACACUACAGAGAGCCCCUUUGAAGAUUUGAACACUAUGCACUUGGUGACUGGUUUCAAUUAAUGGUGAGAGAACCAAGAAUCAUUUUGUUCCUGGGUGUGGGUUCUGAUUAGGAGCAAAAGAUCAUGAUAGAGCCAGUACUUGGCGGUAUGGGCCAUAUUCAAAUGAACUGAACAAAUAAAUUCUGAACAAUAACACACCUCUUUCCUCCUCUUCCUCCUUUGCCCAUUCUGUAACUCCUUCAGACCAGAUCUCUGUGUUAAGUCUCUCAAGCCUCCUCUGCUCUAUCUAGAGAAGGAAAGGACUGUUUAGGUGUCAGGGUGGGAAAUAUUUAUAUAUGAAUUGCAUGUGCAACCAAAUAUCAUUCGUCAGAAAAUCAAAAUGCCUACUCAAAAGGGUGAAAUCCACCCCACGCAUCACAGCACCAACAUGAUGCCUAUGUACCACUUACAUCUCAUUUAAGCCCUGUUUUAAGGAGCUGAGGUGGGACUUAAGUAGUGUGUAGAUCUUCUGCUGGCUCUCAGUGAAGGGGUGAAUUUAUCCCCAGUGGAUAAUAGUUACAAUAUAUAUAGCUUGGAUUGUUAGUAAUGUUUCUAGGGACCUGUAGACUUACUAUCUGGAAGUGUUUCCUUUCAACAACUAUAGGUUCUUCGCUCUGAUUAAUGGGCGUUAGUAUGUCUUAAAUCAAUGUGGUUUUGAAAAAUUAUUAUGACUGUUCUUGCAGUCUUUUCACACUGGCAUCAAUGGAGUUCUGAAGACCUAAGGCCUUCAGGGUCAAGGUCUUAAUGCUUAGCACAUGUACUGCAGACCACCAGUGUCAGUCAGUUUAUGUGCCAUUAGGCACAAGGUCACUUUUUUGUGCAAUCCAAAUCAAUAACAAGCAUUUCAGUUGAAGUACGUAAAAGAUACCAAAUUCCUUCAGGAAAGUCCUCCAUCCCUAUCCUGACUAUGUGGAACAGCUUGCAGGAUCAAGGCCUUAGUUUUGAAGGGUAUGCUACUUCCAGUCAUAGAACAAGUAAUUUUUAAAACCUGGUGUUUUAUGGCCUUUGGGCUUUGUAUGUGGUGUCACAGAAUGUCAUCAUGUAUCAGAAAAAAUGUACUCUUUAAUGAUGCAGAAGUAGAUAACAAGAUAACAUCCAAGUUCACAAAUAAUGAUGUAAGUAGUUUAUUCUGAUAUAUUUUUGGUAACUGCUGUCCUAAAAAACUAAACAGAACACUUUUGUGAAUCUAUCCUUAACUGCAACUGUACAAAUACAUGAAAUGCUGUAUUUUUCUACCUAUUCCUAAAAGAUUGGAGUGACUGUCUAUAUUUGUAUUGUAGCAGCAUAUACAAUGGGGUAAUCAUUUUUGCAUUAUGUUCUGCCUUCAUUAGUAUUUAACAUUCACAUUACUGUAUUUUGGUUCUCCCCAACUACCAUUUUUGGUAAAUAAAAAGAGUAUCCAGGAAAGCUGGUAACUGUGGGGGAAAGUCAUCCUUUUGCUUCAGGCCAGUGCACCACUUAAUCCUUUAUAUUAGAAAGCUCUAUUUUGAGGGCUUGUAUUGGGCUUUCUGGACCCCCUCUGUUGAAUUUCACCCUGAAUGCCCAAACCAAAGUGUUGUUGUUUUAAUUGAAAAAACUCUCGAUUUUUUUUAAAAGAGUUUAUCAAACUUUCUUCUUAUAAAAAUGCUUUUCUAAAGAAUAUAUUUAAUUAUAACAUUUCUUGAGGAAAUAAAACCUCUCCCCUCAUGUCCAUGCACAUUUAAGACAGAGCAAUAGCUAAUAUUUUUCUUGCCUUCAGAAUAUUUCCCCAGUCACCUACCAUAUGGCAUCAGCAUUAUAGGCUUUCAUGUCCAUUUUAUAAGUGUUUCCAAUAGGGAUUCAGUAUAGUAGCAUAUGGUGUGAACUGCAUGUAGUUUUUCAAACAAUUGUUCUAAGCAGCGCUCUCAUUUUCAUUUCAGCAUGGACAAAAUUAAACAAAUACUUGGCAGGCACUUUAAAGGAAUGCAGAUGUAACGGUAUGUUACUAACAUACCCAGCACCUGUAAUAUUAAGGUGCCACCAAGGACCAUACAAGGACAGUGACUGGACAGGCAAAAAGUAACUUUAACUUUUCAGAGUCAAGUAUUUAAGCCUUUAAGCUAUUUCUAAAGGAGUGUAGUGGGGUGGUUACCCCGCUCUGGCCUUGAAGGGGUUUAAGCAGUCCUGGAGAGGGCUGCAGGAGGAAGAGGAGUGAGAACAGCUGGAGGAAGCUGAGUGAGUAGCUGUCCACAGCUGUGGCCAGCUUAAUUAAGGCCCAGCUGGCCCUUAUAAAAGGGCAGUGGGCCAGAAGCCACAGAGGACUCUCCCUAUAGCUGUUGAGGGAGAAGGGCCUGGCUGCCUAGAAGCUAAGCAGGGUACCUAGAAAGAAGAAGGGCUGGGGGAAGGCCAGAGGAGCUGGGGAGCUCCAGCCUGCGAACCCCCCCCCCCUGGCUGGAGGCCUUGUUAAAGGCCAAGAAGGGUACUGGGGUUGCAGAGGGUGGCCCAGGGGUAGGCAAAGGCAGCAGGUCCAAACCCCCCUUGCCAGUGAUGAGUGGCACUUACACUGCAGUCUACCCCAGGGAUUGGGGGCUAGUUGAUGACUGGCAGUGG